GUUGUCUUCGGCCGGAAGCUGACGUCCUUCUCAGCAAUAGCACUUAACAAGUUGCAGCACGAGAAGAAAUAUGACAUUUAUUUUACGGAUGGAGAUGUUUAUGCACUGUACAGGAAGCUGCUGCAGCAUGAAUGCUCUUUGUGUCCGGAUGCCAAGCCAUUCAACACCUUUGCAGAUCUGGAACAGCACAUGAGGAAGCAGCAUGAACUCUUCUGUUGCAAACUCUGUGUGAAACACUUAAAGAUUUUCACUUACGAGAGGAAGUGGUAUUCUCGUAAGGACCUGGCCCGUCACCGAAUCCACGGGGACCCAGAUGACACCUCUCACCGUGGGCACCCCCUGUGCAAAUUCUGCGACGAGCGUUAUUUGGAUAACGACGAGUUACUGAAGCACCUCCGGCGGGAUCAUUAUUUUUGUCACUUCUGUGACUCUGACGGUGCUCAGGAAUACUACAGUGAUUACGAGUACCUCCGGGAGCACUUCCGCGAGAAGCAUUUCCUCUGCGAGGAGGGCCGGUGCAGCACGGAGCAGUUCACCCACGCCUUCCGCACCGAAAUCGACUAUAAAGCCCACAAAACAGCCUGUCACAGCAAGAACAGGGCAGAGGCCAGGCAGAACCGCCAGAUAGACCUGCAGUUUAACUAUGCUCCCAGGCACCAGAGGAGGAGUGAGGGUGUUAUAGGUGGAGAGGACUAUGAGGAGGUUGACAGGUACAACAGGCAAGGGAGGUCAGGCAGACUGGGCGGCCGAGGAAGUCAGCAGAACAGAAGAGGCAGCUGGAGGUACAAGAGAUCUCUGUGUGGCCAGACUGAGUGCUUUGGAAAAAGAAGAGGGGAGGAAGAAGACAGAGACGUUGCAGCGGCCGUCAGGGCAUCUGUGGCAGCUAAACGGCAAGAGGAGAAAAAACGGGUAGAAGACAAAGAGGACAACAGCAGUAGAGGUAAAAAGGAGGACUUGAGGGAUUCUGAAGUGCUCGGCUCCAAACGUGUGCCAAAGUCUUCAGCUGAUGCUACAGAAGCAGCUGCUAAUGGUGCUUUAAGCCAGGAUGACUUCCCAGCAAUCGGUUCCGCAGCAGGAGCUCUACCAGGCUCUGCCCAGCAGGCAGCAGUUAAACUUAAAGAAGAAGAUUUCCCAAGCUUGUCAUCCUCUGCAGCACCCACCAUCUCUUCUGGGAUGUCUUUGACAUAUACAGCGACUGCCAAGAAGACAGCUUUCCAGGAGGAGGAUUUUCCAGCUCUGGUGUCCAAAAUGAGGCCUAACAAUAAAACAGUGACUAACAUCACAUCUGCGUGGAACAACGGCUCCAGCAAAAAUGUGGUCAAAGCCAUGAGCAACCCCUGUGUGAACCAGGUCACCAAAAAACCAUCCUCCUUGAGUAGCAGUAAAGGAAGUAAGAAGAGCAAUAAACUCUCUCAGUCAGACGAUGAAGACAGCAGUGGUGGCUUGACAACCCAGGAGAUCAGAAACACACCGACCAUGUUUGAUGUGUCGUCCUUGCUGGCAGCUUCUACCUCACAAACUUUUACGAAAGUGAGCAAGAAAAAGAGGAUGGGGGGUGAGAAGCAGAGACCAUCGUCCCCACACCUCUCCCAGGAGACACCAUUCCCCAAGUCAUCGACUGAAAAGCCGCUGGAAACGGAGCGGACAUCAAACGCACCCGCCGCUCUCCACGCCCCCGACAGAUCCACAGCCGUCACCAAUGGUCACCUGGAAAAAUCCUUAGUUGUCUGUACGACACCCAAAGAGCCUCCUGGCCUUAAAAAGCCCACAGUGACUAACAAAUGCCCCUUACCUCAGGAAGACUUCCCAGCUCUUGGGAGCUCAGGAUCAGCUAGGAUGCCCCCACCACCAGGCUUUAACACUGUGGUGCUAUUAAAGAAUCCUCCUCCGCCUCCGGGACUGUCGGUGCCUGUCAGUAAACCCCCUCCAGGUUUUGCUGUUAUUCCAUCCACCAAUAUCUCUGAACCUGUCACUACAUCUUUGAAAGAGCCAAAAUCCUGUCACGGAUCGUACCUGAUACCUGAGAACUUUCAGCAGAGGAACAUUCAGCUGAUCCAAUCUAUUAAAGAAUUUCUUCAAAGCGAUGAGUCCAAGUUCAAUAAAUUUAAAACUCACUCUGGGCAGUUCAGGCAGGGGCUGAUUUCUGCAGCACAGUAUUACAAGAGUUGCCGAGAGCUGCUUGGAGAGAACUUCAAGAAAAUUUUUAACGAGCUGUUGGUGUUGUUGCCAGACACAGUUAAGCAACAAGAACUCCUUUCUGCCCACAACGAUUUCAAAAUCAAAGAAAAACAAAGCUCAAACAAACCCAAAAAGAACAAAAAGAAUGUUUGGCAGACGGACUCCAACUCUGAUCUCGACUGCUGUAUCUGCCCCACGUGUAAGCAAGUGCUGACUCAGCAGGACGUUGUCACCCAUAAAGCUUUGCAUAUUGAGGAUGAGGAGUUCCCUUCCUUACAGGCAAUCAGCAGAAUCAUCAGUUAGUUUUCCCACAGACCAAUAAAGGUGUCUCUGUCUAUGAA